AUGCACUAAAAUAUUUGGAGUUUCUGUUACCCUUCUUUUGGGAGCCCAUUAGCCAUGGAAGAUGAAACUGAACACUAAAAUAAAAAGAUAAGAAAGCACAGAUAGAGAACAUGAGCUGCUCUUUCAGCUUGCAAAUCCCCAAGGCUUUGCCUUCUCCCUCUCCUCAGUGCAAAAAAUCCCCUCUCCACAUUACAUCCAGAUACAAACCAGCCCUCUCUGCCAAGCUUGAUAAGCAGAAAGUUACAAGCAUAUGGAGAAAGCCUGAACACUAUAAUGAUGUGAAGAAGUUCAGCAUGGCAAUUCAACUUGGUGCACUUUUUGCCACUGUUGAGCAACCAGCAUUUGCAGUUACUGGAGUGAAUAAUGAGGAGGAUUUGACAUGGGUUUUGAUACAAUUGGCAAUAGUUGCUUUCUGGUAUUUCCUUAUUAUGCCACCUAUUAUCAUGAAUUGGCUUAGGGUAAGAUGGUACAGGAGAAAGCUUUUUGAGAUGUACUUACAGUUCAUGUUUGUCUUCAUUUUCUUCCCAGGGAUACUACUUUGGGCACCAUUUCUGAACUUCAGGAAAUUUCCAAGGGAUCCAUCCUUGAAGUACCCAUGGUCUACGCCUGAAAAUCCUUCACAAGUCAAAAAUGCAUUUAGCAAGUACCCUUAUGCUACUCCUGAAGAUUAUGACUGAAAAUUGCUGUCACUUCAACAAUACAGGGCCUUGAGGCCCUUGGCAAGCUUCCUUGUAUAAUGUACACCUUGAUGGGACUAGUGAAAAUUUUACACAGUUACUUCAACUCCACAAUGUUGCAGGCCACACCAUUUCUUUUCUUUCCUUAUUUUCUGUAGCAAUCUUUCACAUAAUCAGAGAACUGGAAAUUUGUGUC